AUGACUCCUCCAAUAAAGCAAAAGAACUUAUUUGGACAGAAUUUCGAUGAUAAUGAGAGUGAUAGUGAUAAUGACAGAAGAAAUGAUCAGCGUCAGUAUAUGAAAAGAGCUCAGAGAAGAGUGGAGUCCGCUGAGAAAGAUCUGGCUACUGAAGAUACCUCGGUAUAUUCAUACGACGAGGUGUAUGAUCAAAUAAGCAGUAGCAACAAAAGUAGGCGAACUGGGAGCUCCCAGAAAUCUUCCAGGUACAUUGAAGGUCUACGUAAUGCCAAGAAAGAGAGAGAGUUAGAGAAAUUACGACGGAUCGAAGAUAAGAUAAAGCAAAGUCAGCAGAAGGUAAUCACGGAUGAAUCGUUGAGAAGCAAAGAAGCGUUUGUGACGGAGUCGUAUAAGAAGUACAAGGAUAAGUUGAACAAAAAAGUGGCAGAGAUGAACGAGGAGGUGCGCACGGUACCGGAAAUCACGUUUGAAAGAACUCUAUUGGACAUGUACGGAACUGAGAAGGAAAACAGUAAAGGUGAAAACAAAAACAGCCACGAGCCACCGCUUGUGCCGAAAGCUGCUCAGUCUUGUGCGCUUGGCGGUGGCUUGAAUGUGAGGAAGAAACCUUCCCUGCUCAACGCCAAACUCGUCAAAUUUCUCGUUUCCAGGAUCACACCGGAAGAACUCGAGGCCUACAAGCAACGCUAUUUGCUUCGCAAGCGAUCGUGA